AUGGUGGAUAAUCAAAAUACUCCAUAUCUUAUUGAAUCAGAAUCUCGUCGAAUUGGUGCUUUAAUUACUCCAACCGGUUCAACUUUAACCCCACGUACUUCUGAUCAUCAUGAAAAGGAAGAAGAUGAGCCUUCUCCCAUUGAAUCAUUCACUGAAGAAGUAUCUAACGCAUUUUUGUUAGGAAAUGAGGAUAAUCAAGCUCACAUUGGUUUGACAUCUUCUUCUUCGACAUCAUUAUCCUGUUUGUCUCCUUCUUCUGAAGAGGAGGAUGAUAUCAAAGUUUUAGUUGAUGAAUUACAAUCUAAUCAAGACUCUGAAGAAGAUUCAGACAUUGACGAUAAACGUAAUUCUACUACUAUUGGUACAACAUUUGUUCCUGAAGAACUGCUACAGACAGAUAUUAACACUGGCUUAACGAUGGAUCAGGUAUUUCAAAGAAGAAGAAAAUUUGGAAUUAACCAAAUGACAGAAGAAAAUGAAUCCUCUAUUAUUAAAUUUUUGACCUUCUUUGUGGGACCUAUUCAGUUUGUCAUGGAAGCUGCUGCAAUUUUAGCAGCAGGUCUCUCAGACUGGGUUGAUUUUGGGGUCAUUUGUGGGUUACUCAUGUUGAAUGCAUGCGUUGGUUUUAUACAGGAAUUCCAAGCUGGUUCUAUUGUAGACGAACUGAAAAAGACUUUGGCAAAUAGUGCCAUCGUAUUAAGAGAAGGUGAUCUAAUGGAAAUCCCGGUAAAUGAGAUUGUUCCAGGUGACCUGACUCAAUUAGAGGAUGGUAUAAUCGUUCCUGCUGAUGGACGUUUAGUCACCGAAGAUUGCUAUUUGCAAAUUGAUCAGUCAUCAAUUACAGGUGAAUCAUUAGCUGCGGAUAAACAUUAUGGAGAUCGAGUCUUUUCGUCUUCAACUGUGAAACGAGGUGAAGCGUUUAUGAUUGUUACCGCAAUUGGCGAUAAUACUUUUGUUGGAAGGGCAGCAGCAUUAGUUAAUAGGGCGUCUAUCGGUGAGGGACAUUUUACACAAGUGUUGAAUGGUAUUGGCGUCAUUCUCUUAGUCUUAGUUGUUGUCACAUUAUUAUUGGUAUGGACAGCCUGUCUUUAUAGAACCAAACCUAUCGUUUCAAUAUUAAGAUAUACCCUUGGUAUUACUAUUAUUGGGGUCCCAGUAGGUUUGCCAGCAGUUGUGACGACUACGAUGGCUGUUGGAGCCGCCUAUUUGGCCAAGAAACAAGCCAUAGUUCAAAAAUUAUCAGCUAUUGAGUCUUUAGCAGGAGUUGAAAUUUUAUGUUCUGACAAGACAGGUACUUUAACUAAAAAUAAAUUAACGUUACAGCACCCAUAUACAGUGAAUAAUGUUUCAUCCGAUGAUUUGAUGUUAACUGCAUGUCUAGCAUCCUCAAGGAAAAGGAAAGGUUUGGAUGCUAUAGAUAGAGCAUUUUUAAAGGCGUUAGUUCGAUAUCCAACAGUUAAAAAUUUGCUAAUUAAAUACAAAAUUCUAGAGUUCCAUCCAUUUGAUCCUGUUUCAAAGAAGGUAACAGCAAUGGUUGAAUCCCCCUCGGGUGAGAAAAUAUUAUGUAUGAAAGGAGCUCCAUUAUUUGUUCUAAAGGCAGUCGAGGAUGAUAUUGAAGUUCCAGAGACGACAAUAGAAGAGUACCAAAGUAAAGUGGCUGAAUUGGCAGCAAGAGGGUUUCGGUCUUUGGGUGUUGCUAGAAAGAAAGAAAACCAACAUUGGGAAAUACUAGGCGUCAUGCCAUGCAUGGACCCACCUAGAAAUGAUACAAGUAGCACAAUUGCAGAGGCUAAACAAUUAGGUUUGCGAGUCAAGAUGUUAACAGGUGAUGCAGUUGGAAUUGCGAAAGAAACAUGCAGACGAUUAGGUCUGGGAGAUAACAUAUAUAAUGCCGAAAAACUAGGACUUGGUGAUGGUGAGGUAAGUAUGCCUGGUUCUCAACUAGCAGAUUUCGUUGAGAAUGCAGAUGGUUUUGCUGAGGUAUUCCCACAACAUAAAUAUAAAGUCGUUAGUAUUUUGCAAAACAGAGGUUAUUUGGUGGCGAUGACCGGUGAUGGUGUAAAUGAUGCACCAUCUUUGAAAAAAGCAGACACUGGUAUUGCGGUAGAAGGUGCCACUGAUGCUGCUAGAUCAGCUGCUGAUAUUGUUUUUUUGGCUCCUGGUCUAUCUGCGAUAAUCGAUGCUUUGAAAACGUCUAGACAAAUAUUUCACAGAAUGUAUGCAUAUAUUGUGUACCGUAUCGCACUUUCUAUCCAUUUGGAGAUUUUUUUUGGUUUAUGGAUUGCAAUACUUGAUAAUUCUCUUAGCAUUGAACUUAUAGUAUUUAUAGCCAUAUUUGCCGAUGUAGCAACAUUAGCAGUUGCUUAUGAUAAAGCCCAAUAUUCGCAGUCUCCGGUUAAGUGGAAUCUUCCUCGAUUAUGGGGUAUGUCAGUUAUCUUAGGUAUAAUUUUAGCGAUUGGUAGUUGGAUUUGUGUCACUACUAUGUUUUUUCCAAAAGGAGGAAUAAUUCAGAAUUUUGGUUCCAUUGAUGGAGUUAUGUUUCUUCAGAUUUCCCUUACUGAAAAUUGGUUGAUAUUUAUAACGAGAGCUGUUGGUCCAUUCUGGUCAUCUUUGCCAUCUUGGCAGUUAGCAGGUGCUGUUUUUGUUGUAGAUAUUAUUGCAACAAUGUUUUGUUUAUUCGGUUGGUGGUCACAAAAUUGGAAUGAUAUAAUAACAGUUGUGAGAGUUUGGAUUUGGUCAUUUGGAGUAUUCUGUGUUCUAGGAGGUGUAUACCUCUUAAUAUCCGAGUCAAUAAUUUUUGAUAGGUUAAUGCACGGUAGAUCACUUCGAAGAAAGACAGCACCUACUAAAAUGUUAGAGGAUUUUGCGGUAGCGAUGAAAACAAUGUCUACACAACAUGAAAAGGAUGAAUAA